AUGUUGGGGGGCGCUCUGUGCCUCGAACAAAAGCAGGACACCAUGAGCUCGUUGCGCAACGACAGCAUCGAGUCCAAUUCUGAAAAGCAGAUUGUCCUGAAUCCGAGCCCGAGAGAACGAGCGCGCAUUCUGCGCAAAAUCGAUUGGCACCUAUUGCCUUUCCUGACGGUAUUUUACCUCUUCUCGUACUUAGACCGGGCCAAUAUUGGAUAUGCGAAGGUUGGUGGCAUGGCCACAAACCUUCACUUGACCGGUCUCAGGUACAACAUUGCUGCAGCCGUCUUUUUUAUCCCGCUCAGCUUGGCUGAGGUCCCCUCGAACAUCGCACUCAAGUUAUUAAGGCCAUCGCGCUGGAUACCGUUUAUCAUGGUUGCGUGGGGUAUUGUAUCGACCCUUAUGUGUCUCGUCAGAUCAUACCGAUCUCUCGUUGUAGCUCGAGUGUUCCUCGGUUUGGCCCAAGCUGGACUAUUUCCUGGAGUGAAUUACUACAUCUGUCUUUGGUAUCCGCGUUCUGAACGGUCCAAACGCAUUGCCAUAUUCUUCUCCUCAGCAUCAGUCGCAGGCGCCUUCAGUGGGCUCCUUGCAGCGGAUGGAAGGAGUCGGAGGAUUGCAUGGUUGGCAAUAGAUUGCACUGCCACUGUUCUCGUCGCAAUUCCCUCUUUUUUCUUCAUGCAUGAUUAUCCUGAAACGGCCAAAUUUUUGACCGAGCCAGAGAGAUCAUACAUCAUAGAUGUGCUCAAACAAGAUUCGGAUCAUCUUUCCUCUCGCUUCGACGCUCAAUUCGUAUGGCAAGCCAUGAAAGAUUACAAGACUUACGUUCUCAGUCUCGUUCAUAUAGGAUUACUCGUCCCUGGUUUUGCCAUUUCCCUCUUUACGCCAACCAUCAUCAACGAGCUUGGUUACUCUGCUGCGAAUGCCCAGCUACUCUCCGUCCCGCCAUUUGUUGCUGGCUGUAUUGCAACAAUCAUGGUUGGUAUCUAUUCUGACAAGCACAAUAUUCGUGGCCCGUACAUUAUUGGCGGCGCUCUUGUUUCUCUUGUGGGAUACAUCUUGCUAUAUUGCAGUGUACGAGCGGGCCCCUCAUAUCUGGGAGCUUGUCUAACCGCUACGGGAUAUUAUCCAACCAUCCCGAUUAUUAUGGCUUGGACAGGCUCUAAUGCAGGAGGUCACUUAAAACGUGGAGUUGCACUAGCAAUGAUUGGUCUCGGUAAUCUCGGAGGUAUUUGCUCGUCUUUCAUUUAUAUUGAUCCGCCACGUUUCCACACUGGGCAUGGUACCGUCAUGGGAUUUCUUUCUCUUUCAAUCAUUAUGAGUCUCUUUGCUAUGUGGAACUAUAAUCGGCUGAACAAAAAGAAAGAAGCGCAGUGUCUGGCGGAAAACAUUAGCGAUGAUAGAGGAUAUGAAUUCGAGGAUAUGGGUGAUGCCAGUCCGCUUUUCAGAUACACCAUAUGA